AUGCCGAAGUACAAAAGCAAGUCAAAAGUGAAGCGGGGCCAAGCUCUUAUAAACUAUUGGCAAUUGAGAAAUCAGCGGAAAUUCCAUUUUGAAAAUCUGGGCAAAAAUCCGUCAACUGAAUCUAAUGCAUUACAUUCGUCUACGACUAUUGUAGAAACUCACGUUAUGUUCGGUAUGGCAGUUGAUGAGGAGACUUCGUCGCCAGAUAUUACAGUUGCUAAUUGUUACAAUUAA